AUGGGAGUGCAGGUUGUGUCUGACAAGAGCAAUUACGAGGGUGAGACUUCUUUGUGUCCGCGCCAGGCCCUUGUCCGAGAGCUGUUCGAGAAGGACGGCGUGGACUUGGAGUUGUGCAUCAGGCGGCAGGACGAGGUCAUGAAGGCCUUGGGCCUGGAGAGGUGCGACCUCGGUGCCAUCAACCGGAAUGAGCGCGGGGAGGACAUCUACAACCAGUGCUUUUACCUUGCGCUGGCCAGGUCUUAUCUUGGCUGCGACUCCGAUGUUUUGAAGGAAACGGCCCUGACGUUCAAGCGGAACAUCGAGGCCGCCGUGCUUGCGGCCCACCCGGAAUGGGGUGGCAGCCGCGUCGGGGAGGAUGUUCAGGCCUUUAGCGACUUCCUCUUCUAUGUCCUCGGCUCGCACGCGCUGCUGGCCGAGCUCAGUGUUGCCGUCUUCGACGCCACCAGUGGGGGCGUUGAGUUGUACAUAGGCCUGGCCUACUUGCUUCGCAACCCUCAGCCGCUUUCCGGCUCCGCACUCUCUGGGUCUCUAAGCUUGGGCCCCUUUUGGGGUCCGUUUUACAAGGUUGCUCGCUUGGUUCCGGGUGUAGAUUGCAGGCAAGCGGAGUCGGUGAUUGUGCCUUUUGCCGUGCUGCUACAGGGCGGUAAAAGGCUAGCCUUCACCGGCCGUACAGGCUGCAGGCAGCCGCAGCUCGCUGUACCCACUAAGGUCUGCAACUUGUGGUAG